ACGAUGAUAAUUUUAAUAAUAAUAAUAUUAUCAUAGCAAUUACCGUAUCACUUUGAUAUUUCGCCUCACUGCAGCUUUAAACCGUUUCAGCACCACGGACAGCUCUCUGCAGGACUCCCGCCCUCAUGGUCCAUCAGGCUGCGUCACAGAGAGAGAGACUCGACAGGGGGACACAUUGAGACCACCACAGAGAGACAGAUGGAGGAGCUGCAGACAGGUCAUUGAUUUGUCUUCAUGAUGGAUUUAGAUUCUUAACUGUUUGACAGGCAGACAGACAGACAGACAGACAGACAGCUCCUCCGCUGCUGCAGAAGGGCUCGCGCUGCUCGGUGUUGUAGUCGUCAUGGGAACAGCGCUGUCGCUGUCUCCGGGCUCGCGCAAAGUUGCAGCUCGCGGGCCGGAGAAGCUUGCGCUGCAGAGACCACCGGAGACCCGCGAGGAAGAAGAGGCGCAGGACGAGAAGAAGAAGAAGAAGAAGCGGCACCCGGUACUGCUGCACGCGCUCAGCUGGAAGAAACGCCUCGUUGCCGCACGAGCCAAGAGGAAGGGCGGGAAGAAGGUGAAGCCCGUGGUGUCCGAGCCUGGACACGUGCAGCAGGAGCAUCCGGAUCAGGCCAUCGACAGCCGCCACAGAGCUCUAAAGGUCGGACACAAAUACGGACCCAUCCCGGUACCCGUACCCACCGUUCCGGAACAGAACCAGAACCAGGGAAGGCCAGACCUGAUCAUCUCACCUCGGAGGGUGGUGGUGCAGGUGUGUGUGUGUGUGUG